AUGGAUUGGAAAGCGUCUAUAAUAAUAUUCUGUACGCUGUUUGUAGCUGUUUUAAGUAAUCCAGCCAAAAUAGAUUCAAAACGAGACCACUGUAACAAGACUGUGGAAAUAUAUGAGGAUGUGUCGUCGCCGCCGGUGACGCCAGAGAACUUCGGCCGACCUCUCACUUGUACAUAUAGGUUUAGAGCAUUCAGAGGGUCGCCUAAGGACUGGAUUCUGAGGAUUCGCUUUAAGAAAUUCAAAGUUGGUACUCUCAUAAAUGGGACCACGUGUCAUAAAGGAUAUAUGCAGAUAGUGGACGGAAACGCAAAAACCGACGUAUCCAAUAGAAAGGAGCCGGGACUCUUUUGCGGGGAGAUAGAGCAACCGCAAACCUUUAUAUCAGAGACUAACUUCGUAAAGAUAGUUUUUCAUGCAGAUAAUUUCACCGACCAAACGUACUUCAGCUUCGAUUCGAGGGCAGAACAGCAGUUCGAGGUUUAUCUACGAUAUGGCCAACAUCCGGAGCUGUAUCCCAACAGACGUGGAGAAGUUGUCGCUGGGUCGUACUGCGAGCGAGUGUUUCGAGACUGCCGGCUGCAAACCUGCUACGUGCAGUCGGCCGCCUACCCCGGAGUGUACCCAAGGAAUUUACAUUGCAGAUACCAUUUGAAUACGCGGUUACCCUACAUCAAACUAUACAUAGAGAAUGAAGAGUUCAACAUAGACGGGCAACGCUGUGAGAAUAUUAUGACAUGUCCCAUGCGGCCCAUCACUUCAGGUUCAGAAAAUUGUCCAUAUGACUACAUAAGGAUAUACGAUGGCAAAGACGAAUCGGCAUCUGUGAUCGGAACUUUCUGUGGCAUGGGAAAGUUUCCCUAUUCUAUUAUCGGAACGUCCCAGGACCUAUUUGUGGAGUUCGUCAGCUCACCUGCGGGGCCACUUCUAAAUACCGGUUUUCAUUUCAACGUGGGUAACUGGCCUGGUCACGUUGAAGCACCAGGCUCUAAAAUUGGAAAUUGUGACUGGCUCCUCACAGCAGAAUCUUUAAAAAAGUCUGGAGACACUGAAGGGAUAUUUUUAUCUGUUGCACAUUGGUAUCCACCUCAUACGUCGUGCACUUAUCUGAUGCAGGGAUUCCCUGGUCAAGUAGUCAGAUUAUAUUUUCCUAGUUUUCGAAUAAAUCGCAUAGAGUCACCAAUAUCUCCGUUUACCGGUGACUGUGGAGAGUCCUUGACUUUAUAUGAUGCUCCAAGACCUGAUGAUGCGAAGAUAAUCAAGACAUUCUGUGAUACUUUCAGUAGACCUAUGGAGAAACAUGACUUUGUAUCUACUGGGAACGCUAUGUUUGUAAGAUUUGAAAGUAAAACUGGCAGUUAUAGUGGAUCAUCUCUAUAUUAUUGGGCUCAUUAUGAUUUCUUCAACAACACUCGAUUUGGUGAACCAGUACCAGGAACAGCUUGUGAUGAAGUUAUAGCAUCUUGGAAACAGCGAGCUGGAAGGCUUCGAUCUCCAUUAAACACCCUUGUAUAUAAACAGGCACUGCCCGGUGAAGAUGUUCAUUGCUUAUACAGAUUUGUUACAGACAAAAGGAUCUACGCCAGAGUUAUUCUGACGAUUUUGAGUGUCAAUUUUAAGGAACACCCAUACACGCCUGUUUCCUGUCAAAACUGUUACGAAGACAGAGCUGACAAACUUAUCAUAUGGGAACCGUUUCCUGGAGGAAAAACUAUAAACAAUACCUUAGGCAUGACCACAACUCCAUUACCCUUACAUUUAGCAGUACAAAGAUCUCUAGGCUCGUGUCUCUGCGCAAAACAUGCAAACUCUGUAUCUAGAGUAAGGCCGUACAGAGUUGUUUCUUCUGGAGAAACUUUAAACUUACAAUUGAUUGUUGAUAACGCUCAUGCCGCAGCCUCCUAUUUUAAAAAUCCAUCGCCACUUUUUGAAGCUCGAUAUGAAUUCGUCCACGGUCCUCUUUGUGGGCCGCCAGUUUUAGCUGCCGCUUUAGAGGGAGAAAUUGUUUAUCCUCAUUUAGAAGCACUAGGAUAUACUGAGCCACCUAAACGGAUACAAUGCAUUUGGGACUUGGAAAUCGAAGAGAAGCGGGAUAUUUGGUUACACUUUGACAGUAUUAAAUUUGCAUCACGACACUGUGACGAUGGAAAUAUUCAAAUAUAUCUCCCUGGUCGCAUUGAACCAUAUUUAUCUGUUUGCGGUGAGAACGUAUCUUUCGCUCGUGAACUUCCACCUCUGUCAGCGGUAGAACUUGGCUUUGAAUCUUUAGACGAUCCUUUAGUAAUUGAAAAGGAAAAGACUAGAUCAAUAAGAAUAGUAUUUAUUGGAAGCGCAUCACCUGCGCGGGCUUCUUUCAAAAUUGCUUGGACUGGUCUCUUCCAUUUACCUAAAAAUUCUGACGGCACUUUAAUGACAUCACGACUUACGGAAAGUUCGAAAGCUGACCCUCACUGCGACUUUAUAUGUCCUGGCGAAGAAGCCCUUUGCAUACCAGCACGACUUAUAUGCAACGGUGUGAUUAACUGUCCAAACGUAACAACAUCUGGCGAAAGAAAAUUCUGGACCGCAGAAGAGAAAAGGGCUAGAGAAGCUUAUUCAGAAGAAAACUUACGACGUCUUGGUUAUUUGGAUGUAGGAAUUCCAUUGGGGCAAAUUCACGAUGAAGCGCCAGAAUUGUGUGCAGGCAGAACAGGAGGAGGUGUGGACUGGUUACCAACAAUAUUAGGGGCUGUUUUAGCAAUUGUUAUAGGUGUUUGUGCAUUAGCAGUAGCAUGGCGUCUUUGCUGCCGUAAACGAUCUCCGGACGAGGAAUCUCUGGACUAC